AUGACUCGAGCUAUUCUUAUUACUUUGGUAUUACUAAAUUUGUCAGUACUGGUAUCGUCUGUUACAAUUUGUUCCUCAAGUAGUAUUUUGUCAACUUUCACCGACCCGCUAUGUACUUCCUGGUGCAAAGUUAGACUCUGCUCAUCAGGAUCCUGCCGUAGUGUCCUUAGCGGUGACGAUCCAACAUGUCAAUGCGAAUCUUGCACAUUUGGGAAUUGGUUCGGAUCUUCCAGUGAUUCCAAUAGCAACCAGCCAGUGACCGGGCAGUAUUAUUCAGCAGGCUCUGGAGGUAUGCAAUCCACACAAAACUAUCAGGACUCUCAAUAUGGAUAUAAUAACAAUGGAUACAACAAUGGGAUUAACAACAUGAGAUAUAACGACAAUGGAUACAAUAAUAACCAGGGAUACAAUAACAACAACAAUGGAUACCGUACCCCUGUCACUGCUGGAUAUGGGAAUGCAAACGGAAACUUCAACUCGAAUCAACAGUAUGCCGAUCAACAGAACUACAACAACGGAUACAGAAAUAACCAGUAUGGAAAUUCGGUUCCAAGUGGUUACGGUGGCGCUGGUCAAACGAAUUAUGCAUCUGGCUAUCAAAAUUUGAAGAAACGCCGUUAA